AUGUCGACCCGUGUGACUCUCGAGAAGAACGUUUGCAGCGGUGUCCUAGAUUCCUUGGUGCAACGUUGUAAGACGGACCCAAACCUCGCAUCAGAUAAAGCCAUCCAUGUGGUAAUUAAUACAGAGAAAUCAAUUGGCAUUAAAAACGAUUUUAUUCCUAGAAUUAUACCUUUGAGCUCCUGCAAAAUGUACAAGCCGCGAGAUCUUCGAAUUUUGCUUAUAACGAAGGAUCCUGCAGGUCCUUUCAGGACAGCUUUGGCCGAAAAUGAAUCAACAUCCGACUUAUUCAAAAUGGUGAUUUCCGUGAGAAAUUUGAAAAGCAAGUAUCGAUGGGCGAGACUCAUCAAGCUUUUCAAAGAGUUUGACAUGGUUGUGGCAGAUCAUCGUGUCCAGCACCUCUUACCCCGUAUACUGGGCCGUGCGUUCUAUCACAGCAACAAGAAGCUGCCCUUCGCGGUACAGAUGUCAAAGGAGGUUAAGGAUAAGCACACACGGUCUCUAGAGACGUGUGAUGCAGCAUUUGUGCGCGCGCAGCUGAAAAGCAUCUGCAAGAACGCUUUUUACGUGCCGAACAAAGAUAACUGCAUGAGUAUCAAGAUCGGUGAAAUCGGCGUUCACACAUCGGAAGAAAUGACGCAAAAUAUUCAAGACAUCGUGCAGUUUUUGAGUGAUAAGAGCAAGCGUUCAAUGGGGGGAGGCAUUCUCAGGAGCGGCAUCGCAGCGCUUUUCGUCAAAACGAACAACAGUGUAAGUUUGCCAUUGUACAGAGCUCCGGCCAAAAACCUUACUCUUCUAGAUGAGAACGACGAAAUUCGGCUUUAG